UUUUGUUUCCCUGUGAUUUCUGCAAUCUACAAAGCUCACUAUGGGAGUCACAACCUUUAGACAAGAGUAUUUGUCCUCUGUUGCACCAUCACGCAUGUUUCAUGCCUUAAUCAUAGACUCCAGGAAUUUGCUUCCAAAGCUCUUACCACAGUUUGUAAAAGAUGUCAAUCUAAUCCAAGGAGACGGAGAAGUUGGAAGCAUCGAACAAGUUAACUUCAAUGAAGCUAGCCCCUUUAAAUAUCUAAAACACAGGAUUGAUGUGCUUGAUAAGGACAACCUGGUUUGCAAAUACACUAUGAUUGAAGGGGAUCCAUUGGGAGACAAGCUUGAGUCUAUAGCUUAUGAGGUAAAGUUUGAGGCCACUAAUGAUGGAGGUUGCCUAUGCAAGAUGACAAACAAUUACAAGACCAUAGGAGAGGUUGAUGUUAAAGAGGAAGAGCUAAAGGAAGGAAGGGAAAGCACCAUUGCAAUUUACAGAGUUGUGGAGUCAUACCUGCUGGAGAACCCACAAGUCUAUGCUUAAUUAUUUAUUUUUUGUGUCAUGUAUCAUACGAUAUACAAAAUUUGCUUAAUUAAUUAUUUGUUGUGUGCAACCAAAGAUGGGUUCUUUAGAAUGGUUGUAUGGAGUUGAAUUCCUAAGUAAGUCCUUAUUGUAUGAUUAGCGAUAAAGGGCUAGUGGUUUGGUAAAAGUAUUUGUACUUGG